GCUACACUGACGGUCAGAACGUAAAACCAAAACGCCUUUUCUUGAGUUGUUGUUUUGAAUACAGGACAAUUAAAAGGACAAAUGUAAAAUGAUUACAUUAAUUAAGUGUUACGAGUGUCUGUCAUAUAUCCCACUGCUACAAAUAUAGCCAAGAAUGGUAACGUCUUACUGUAGUAUUAGUUACACAUUUAGUAUGAUUUCGACUUAGCAUUGGUAUGUUUGGCGGAAUAAAACAUCGAUAGACAGAAACAUCACGGUAAUAUUUCAACAACAGUUAACGCUAAAACUGCAAUCUGAAGCAGAAGACAGCAAUGUGGGGAGAAAUCGAGCCGUGUGUCAAACCCCAGGAGGAUGAAAACAUGAGCAGCUGUGGGACAAGCCAGAGAUGGACAGACUCUGCAGAUGUACAGCAGAAGACAGCAUUGUGGGGAGAAAUCGAGCCGUGUGUCAAACCCCAGGAGGAUGAAAACAUGAGCAGCUGUGGGACAAGCCAGAGAUGGACAGACUCUGCAGAUGUACAGGUGAGAUGUGUUCAGCUCAUCACCAUCUACAGAAGAGUGGUUUAUGAAAAGGGCCAGUACUUCAGCGAGGAGCAGAUGCGUGUGCGAGAUCCACUGCUGUACGAGCAGUACAUCGGACAGUACCUCAGCGAAGAGGAGAUCCUGCAGCGCUCAGAGGAGGCCAUGAGGAGCGGCCCGGGGGGACUCGCUGACCUGCUUAUCAACUCCUACCAGGAGAAACUGAUCCAGAACCGCCUGGAGGAGGAGCAGGAGAGAGAGCAGUGUGCAGCGGAGGAGUCUGAGGAGGAAGAAUGUGACGAGCCCAGACAGGCAGAGUGGGAGCCGAAUGCAGAAGAGAAAACCAUGCUGAGAGAGGAGUUCCUGAGUCAAAUGCAUCAGCGCUUCCUGGAUGGCAAGGAUGACUUCAACUACAGUGAGGUGGAUGAGAAUCCAGAUUAUGAUAACCUGGAUAUUGUAAGCCGUGAUGCCGAGGAGCGCUACUUUGAUGAAGAGGAUGAGGAGGAAGAAGAGGAUAUGAUGCAGUAGCCCUUAAUGUAUAUAAUGUUCUCACAACAGAAAAAAGAAUUUUAAUUUGUUGUACAUUCUUUGUCAUGUUUCUACUGCUUGAUAUUUGUUUGUGUAGGUUAAAUGUGAUUAUCAGCACCUCGCCGUCUUUAAUAAAAGAGUAC